AUGCCAUCCAAGAACUCUAUCAACAGGCCAAAACUGACCACUAAUGUGCGUAGUAAGCAACAUAAGCUAGCUCGUAAGAGAGACCAACGUGAACGUGCAGGUCAUUUCAACCAAGCUAGAUCUGCCGAGGGGUCUCGUUCAGGUGAAGCCAAAUCCGUGGCCUUGGACAUAUAUUUCGGUAAGGAGGAUGCCACGACAUCAAAGGACCAAUCUCAUCGUGGUGGGUUGACUAACAAGACAUUAUCUAAGAAGAGAGCACAAAAGAUUGAACGUAAUUUGAAAUAUGCUCAACAGAGACGUCUAUUGACUGAUGUGCAAGCCGAUUUGGAAAAUAAGGAUGACACUAUGAAUGUUGAUGGAGGCAACAAAUCUUUAUUAAGAAAACAAGAAAUCGAACAAAGUAAGAACAAGAAAAAUAAUAUGUCUUUGAUCAGAGAAGCUUUAUGGAACGCCAUUGAAGAUACACAAUCUCAAGGUCUAACUUUGGCUACUGGUCAAGGUACAACUCUAGGUGGUCCAUUCUUCCCAUGA